AUGUCCAACUGCAGCUUCAUGACUGAGUUCAUCCGCUUCAUGUUUGCAGACAUGCAGGAGCUGCAGCUCUUGCACUUCUGGCUCUUCCAGGGCAUCUACCUGGCUGCCCUCCCAUGCAACAGCCUCAUCAUCACAACCAUAGCCUGUGACCACCACCUCCAUCCCCCCACGUUUUUCUUCCUCCUCAACCUCUCCCUUCUCAACCUGGGCUCCAUCUCCACCACUUUCCCCCCACACAUGUCCAUUUCUCUCUGGGACACCAGGAUCAUCUCCUGUGUGGGAUAUUGCGCUGCAUGGGUCUUUUCUUUCUUUUUCUGUGCUACAGCAGAGUUUUAUCUUCUCACUGUCGUGGCCUAUGACCACUGCAUUGCCAUCUGCAAACCCCCAGGGACCCUCCUGGGCAGCAGGGCUUGUACCAGCAUAGCAACAGCUGCCUGGGGCAGUGGGUUUCUCUAUGCUCUGCUACACACUGCCAAUGCCUUUUCAAUACCACUCUACCAAGGCAAUGUCCUGGACCAGUUCUUCCAUGAAAUCCCCCUGAUCCUCAGGCUCUCCUGCUCAGACUCCUACCUCAGGAAAGCUGGGCUUCUCAUGGUUAGUACCCUUUUUUCUUUUGUUUGUUUUGUUUUCAUCAUGCUGUCCUAUGUGCAGAUCUUCAGGGUCAUGCUGAAGAUCCCGUCUGAGCAAGGAUUGCACAGAGCCUUUUCCAUGUACCUCCCCCACCUGGCCAUGGUCUCCCUGAUUCUCAGCACUGGCAUAUUUGCCUACCUGAAACCCUACUCUACCUCCUCCCCAUCUCUGGAUCUGGUGGUGGCAGUUCUGUAUUCAGUGGUGCCUCCAGCAGUGAACCUCCUCAUCUACAGCAUGAAGAACAAGGAGCUCAAGGAUGCUAUUAAGUGA